GCGAUCCAAGCCUGCACAGUAAGUACGACUUCGACUGUUAAAACGUUCUUCUCGACAACAAUCAUUCACCGCCGCACAAACGGAGUUGUCGACCGUGAGUUUUCGCUUUCCUUCGCAUUAUCCACACACAUAGACGACUUUUGACAAUUCAACCGACACGCAUUAAAAAGACGACCUCGCUAACGUAACAUCUUUGUGACUACAGACAGUCCUCGCCAUGGCCGCCAAUAUCGAUAUCAAGACCACGUCAUGGAAACUCGUGGAGGUCGGCCGUGUGGUCCUCAUCCGUUCAGGACCAUACACUGGCAAGCUGGCCACCAUUGUUGAGAUUAUCGACCACAAGCGGGUGCUCGUCGACGGUCCUUCCACUCAAGAAGAGAAGACUGUUCCUCGUCACGCCCUCCCCUUGUCCCACGCUACUCUCACUCCCUUCGUCAUUCCUAAGCUUCCUCGCGCCGCCGGUACUGGCCCCGUCCGCAAGCUCUGGGAGAAGGAGGAAAUCGACAGCAAGUUCGCCUCCUCCAGCUGGGCUAAGAAGAAUGCUCAGGUUGAGCGACGAAAGAACUUGACCGACUUUGAGCGCUUCAAGGUUAUGCGAUUGAAGAAACAGUCCCGCUACGAAGUUCUCAAGGCUCACGCCAAGAUCAGAGCCUCUGCUUAAAUUACUAAGAAGAGGUUCCGGGGAGAAUAAACAAGGGGAGAUGAUUCUUUUCUUCUGAGUUGGGUGGUUUUCCAAAAAUGGCUGGAGUUCAUGUGAUCAUGCGCUGUUGUUGCAUUAUAAACUUAUUUUUUGAACAGCGACACAUCCAUCUUAUUUGAGAGAAAAAGGGAAAAAAGAGGCUUCUGAUAUCCGGGACAAUUUUAAUCGACAGUCCUAAACUGAGUCAUUUUUUUUCUUCUUUUCUUCGUUGUACUACAGAUCGAUACUGGAGGACACGGCAAAGAGGACAUGCCGAUUUCAUUCUGAGAAUUACGGAAUAACGAAAUGAAAAGUAAUAUCAGGACGAAGAAAUGUCCUUACUUGUUC